UGACUAGGCACCCAAAGCGUCCUGUUAUGCAACAACUGACCUACUAACAUACAUUUAGACGCCGAGAGAGAAGGGCAAAAUUGGGAGAGGGAGGAAUCGGAGCAAACAUGACACGAGCAAGCCACUGAGAUCGACAUCCACUGUGCUCGCGCGCCUCCUUUGAGAACGCGCACUGAACGGAGAAGCUGGAGUUGUUUGGCAAAAUUGGCGGAGGGCCGAGCGUUUUGGACGAUGAGACGACAUCAGACAACACGCCGAUCGGUGCCCGCUGUGGAUUCUGUCGCGCAAGCCACUGACUUUUAAUCUCGACGCCGACGAGAGAGAUCAGAGAAGGCGGGAAAACGAGCAAGAGGCGCCAAGAGGCUGACGGACUCGCGUGCAGAUCUGGGCUUCAGCGUCUCAGUCAGGAAUUGGAGCUCGAGUAGCAACAAGUCGAUCAAUGAGGCGGCGAGCUGCUCUUUUUGGCUCAUUUGGACACUUGAUCCGCCUCCGGUCUGAGCCGCACUUCCAGUAACUUGACCCGUCGAGAUCUUCGAAAGGGUCGAGCGACGUCCCCUUUAUCUGCGACCCGUUGUUUUGGUUCAGUCUCCCGUUCAAACUGGAUCCUACCGGACAAGAAUGGAAAAUCUGACUUCAGUCCUCCAAAACUCCGGAAGUAGCAUCACCUGCCUGGAGACCUUCGCCGGCUAUGAGGAGUCCAUGCCGUCUCUCCAAGGGACGCCGCCUCGCAUAGGCCGGAUCCUCAAACCCAAAGGCAACAUGAGCUGCAGGCGAAAACGCGAAUUCAUUUCCGAUGAGAAGAAAGACGCCUCCUACUGGGAGAAACGCCGCAAGAACAACGAGGCGGCCAAGCGCUCGCGCGAGAAGCGGCGUCUCAACGACAUGGUCUUGGAGAACCGGGUCAUCGCGCUGAACGACGAAAACGUCAGGCUCAAGACGGAGCUGCUGCAGUUGAAGCUGCGCUUCGGCCUGAUAAGCACCGCCUCGUACAUCGAAAAGAGCCAACAGAUCGAGGGAAGCGACGGCGCGGGAAACGGAGGCUCCUCCUCCUCGUCGUCCUCUCAGUACUACUCCAGCGGCUACUCCAGCGGCUCGCAGGUGAUGAUGAACUCGGAUUCCUCCGAAACCGAGCAGUGCGGCCUCGGCGAGGGCCACAGGCAGAUGGCCAAGUACUCGCCCCGCGGUUCCCUGUCCGACCUGUCGGACGGCUCCUCCAGAGACAGCCCGGAGCCCGUUCCCUUUGAGAUCAAGCAAGAAGGCGACGGGCUGGAGAUGGACAUCGCCGACGGCACCGCCAGCACCCAGAUCAUGUUCAACAUCCAUCCGGGUCUGGCCUCGGUUCCCACUCAUCACCAGCUCCGGCAGAAUUCGCAGGAGACGGAGGCGGCCUAUCAGGAGCAGCAUCGUCACCAGCAACCACCCCGCCAGGAGUCCGUUUCCUCCGUCGGCGGCCAGGUGGCCCCUCAUCCGCCGGCCGCCCAGAGGAGCGUCAUUCUCUUUUGUCCCGUCGACAGCUUGACACGGAGCCAAGAUAGCGACGCAGGCCGACGGCCGCGGGCCUUCGCGGAGACCUGCGCCGAGCCUCUCGCUGAGGGGAUGAAACAGCCCGGGAGGAAAACGCCGGACUCGGCCCUGUACGAGCUCUCGGGCAGCCUCCAUGAAGACGGACAAGGACGAGGCUACACGACUUGCCCGUCUCCCCAGCAGGGCUCUCGUUUGCCCAGAGAGUUUAUCCACAAACACGUGGAGGAAGUCAUCCAAUGCCGUCUGUACGGCCAGCAGCCUCCUCCUUCGUACCUCAGCCCCCAAGACGAGGAACCGCCCAUUCUGAGCUUUGAGGGCGACUUCCCCAACGAUGCUUUUUACCAAGGCCGAUCAAGCUCCUCGGGCAAAGACACGUCAUCCAGCGACGGAGAUCCGCGGAGCUCCGACAAGGAGGCCUCCACGGACGAGGACGAGUCCCCGUCCUCGUCCUGCUCCGACAACUACAACGGCCGACUUCUCAACGGCGUCCGCGAGCCCGCCUCGCCUCAACACUCAUCGCAGAGCCGGGACCCCCGCGGGGAGGUCAAGGCCACGGCGUUGCCCCACAAACUCAGGCUCAAACAUCGGGCCAUGAGCUCCGGAGGGCCUUGCGAGUCCCCGACGACGCCCCCCUCGGCCACGCCGCCCCCGCUCCCCCAGCACCCGUACUUAUCCCUCUCGCCGCAACGGAGCGUUCACAGAGAGAACCCGUCCGAGGCCGUGAAAUCGGUAUUGGAAGGAGGGGACGGCGCGAGGAAACAUCAGGGCAAAAAGGAGACGGCUGGACGACGGAAUAAGAGACGAGAUUAGGUGACUUUGGACACGGCGAAGCAUCCACCAUUUUCUUUCUCCUCUCCGUAAUGCCUUCUUCGCCUCCGAUCAGCCCUCCGAUGCCCUCGGCGCCUAUUUUACACCCCCUAACCUCAAAAGUCACCCAAAAGGCCGGACUUUGUGACUUGCAGGACUGUAUCAUACUUGUAUAUGUUGUACAGAUGUGUCAUUUCGUACAUUCUCUCCAUACCAACAGAAGCACUUUUUUUUUU